AUGAAAGAUAUCGAACAUCACCAACAGCAGCAACAGAAUCAUGCGUAUCCUCCGCAGAUGCCAUCAGCACCACCAACUUAUGAUGAAGUUAUGUACGGAACACCAGGAAACCCGCCUUAUCCAUCUGCAGCAGCAUAUCCAACUUCGGCAUCAUAUCCAGCUCCGACCUACCCUUCAACUGCGCCAUAUCCGACUCAACCAGUUUUGAUUAAUCCGCCUAUUGGUGCAAAUAUCGUUAACCCGCCUACUACUGUUGUGGAAGUGCAACGUACCAUAAUCGCUGCUUUGGGACCAGCUCCUGCUCACAUUACUUGCCCUCAUUGUCGUUAUGUUGUAGUUACCUCGACCGAAACAGAACCUAAUUGUGCCGCGCAUCUGUGUUGCUUAUUUUUAUUAGUCAUCGGAUGCUGUCCGUUUUCUUCGUUACCUUAUUGUAUGGAUUCAUUGAAAAACGUUCGACAUUAUUGCCCGAAUUGCAAAGCGUUUUUAGGAUCGUAUCAGCCAUAA